ACUUCAAUUAUUUGAAGUACCCAUACCCAGCAUAUGUAUUAACUUGCGAUGCCUUUGUAUAAGUAGCAGUCAUUGAAGGAAGUUGUUGCUUUCUGCAAAUUCCUUUGGCUCCGCACAUUCACCAUGUCCGUGACGCCUAGAUGGAGUAGAAAGAAAUCCCAUUUCCCUUUGCUUGCUGUUCUUCUCUUGGCCUUCAUAACUUGUUCCAUUCUUUACAAUGAAUUCAGCAUUCAACAAAUCCAUGAAAGUCCGGAUCAUGGUUCUACUCCUACCUCUCCACAAACUUCCUUUACUUAUGUGAAACCUAAUCUUCCAAACGGAGCUUCAGAGGUUCUGGAUCGAUUCAGUAGUUGCAACUCAACUAGGAACUACAGUGGGAAGAAAAUCCAGUGGGUUGAUCCGGGUACCGAAUCGGGUCGGCGACGGAGUGCAAGGCAAGAGAGCUGUGAUGUCUUCUCUGGCAAGUGGGUGUUUGAUAACCAAUCGUAUCCGCUUUACAAAGAGUCUGAUUGCCCCUACAUGUCGGACCAGUUGGCAUGCCAUAAGCAUGGAAGGUCUGAUCUGCAAUAUCAAUAUUGGAGAUGGCAGCCCCAUAACUGCAAUUUGAAGAGAUGGAAUGUGACUGAAAUGUGGGAGAAGUUGAGAGGGAAGAGGCUAAUGUUUGUGGGGGAUUCUCUAAACAGAGGUCAAUGGAUAUCAAUGGUGUGCUUGUUACAAUCAGUGAUCCCAGCAGAUAAGAAAUCCAUGACUCCGAAUGCGCAGCUUACCAUUUUCAGAGCAGAGGAAUAUAAUGCUACAGUGGAAUUUCUCUGGGCUCCUCUUCUGGUUGAAUCUAAUUCUGAUGAUCCAGUGAAUCACAGAUUGUCUGAACGGAUUAUCCGUCCGGAUUCAGUACUUAAGCAUUCGUCACAGUGGGAGCAUGCAGAUAUACUAAUUUUCAACUCAUAUUUGUGGUGGAGACAAGGCCCAGUAAAGCUUUUAUGGAGUUCUGAAGAAAAUGGAAACUGUGAGGAACUCGAUGGGCUAGGAGCCAUGGAGUUGGCCAUGGGGGCUUGGGCAGACUGGGUAGCAUCGAAAGUCAUUCCCCAGAAGAAACGUGUCUUUUUUGUUACAACGUCACCAACACAUUUCUGGAGUCAAGAGUGGGAACCUGGAAGUGAAGGAAAUUGCUAUAACCAAAUGAGACCUAUCACUUUGGAGGGCUACUGGGGAAGUGGUUCGGACUUGCCUACUAUGCGCAUGGUGGAUAAAGUGCUUUCUGGUUUGGGUUCGAAGGUAUCUGUCAUCAACAUUACUCAGCUUUCAGAAUAUCGAAAAGAUGGCCACCCGUCUAUCUAUAGAAAAUUUUGGGAGACACUGAGCCCCCAGCAAUUGGCUAACCCUGCAAGCUACUCUGAUUGCAUACAUUGGUGCUUACCGGGUGUGCCUGAUGUGUGGAAUGAAUUGAUAUUCCACUUUUUGUAAAAAGUGUGUGAACAAUUGGAAUUCUUUUAGUGGCUUUACAUAUAGCAAUAUGAAAAAGAAAGAGAGGUUUAAUUGUGAAUUUUUCUGCCGUUUCUGGAACUGGAGCCUGAAUGAAAACUGUGUUGGCACUUGGAUAGUUGAGUGAAAUUAAUUAAAUCCUUUUUGUUUGUCUAAAA